UUUGGACUUCCUGUUGGUUUGUCUGCUGUUUUACUCUGUGGACAUUGUGAUGCCUCUGCAGAAGAGCAUGCAAAAGAUGGAGCAGAGCUCGUGCACAGAGGAUCGUAUCCAGCAUGUCCUAGAGCGUUGCCUUUGUGACCUCGGUCUUGAUACGCCUGACAAACAACUCUGGAACGCUGGGCUGUGCAUAAACCGCUGGUGUUUGGAGGAACUUGUGAAGAGAGAUCCCCACAACUUCCUCAUCCUUCUACAGAAAGUACUGAGGAAAACAAAUGAGGUGCUACAGAAGUGUCAGUAUGAACUGGUGGUGCCCCUCACUCUCCUGUUCUCCUCAACCCUCAUAAAAGCUCCUCAUCUGGCCCCAGACUCUGGCCUGCUGCAGGAGGCCUACCUGUUGUUCCAUAGUUUCCUGGCCUGGCCUGAGCCUUGCUGCUCUGCCAGUAAACGCCUGCUGGAAGUCAUCCAGCAGGAGCUCAGAGCACCAGGUAUUUCUUUUCAGAGACUGGUGAGGACAGAGCAAGGUAUUUCUCCUGAGAUUCACUGCUCCAAAACCAUAAUGGUGUUGUUAGUGAGCGCAGAUGAGGACGUCCCUCCAGAGGUCCAGUCUGUGUCCAAGCAGCUGAGUCGCGCCCAGCACGCCAACAGAGACGCCACCACCGUCCUCAUCCUGCACGGAUUUCAGGCUUCUCUGGGCACCAGACACGACCUGCAGGCACUCCAUGCUGCCCUGCAGACAAAGGGGCCCGAGGAGCUGGAGCACCUCCUAAAGGCAAUGACUGACAGCAUGGAGAAAGCAGCCUCUGCGGCAGAUCUCAUCACAGCCAGACAAGGUCUGCUACACAGCAUGGAGAGGCUCAGAGAAAGCCUGGUUGUUCCUACUCUUGCUGAUGGCUGCCCAGGGGCUGUUGAGACUUUCAUGCUGCCCUUCCCCAAAUGUCACACAUGCUCCUGGGAAAACGACAACUUUGAUUUUCUGAAUCACAUUCUCGCAAGCGACUCCAACCUGGACUCACCUGCAGACUGUUUCCUAAAAACAGAAAUGGAUGAGCAUGAAAAUAAUGACACCAGUGUUGAUGAAGAAGACGAAGUGGAGGGGAACAAAGCGGACCAUGAGUCUCAACACCACCGCAUCUCCACCGCAUCCGCUUCCUCGAGGGACUCCGCGUUUUCCAGCUACUCUCUCUCCUCCAGCUGGUCUGUGGCCUCCACGCUGUCUGGCUCGUCAGGUGUGGAAAGUGACUUCAGUGAGGACACAGCACACGAGGACACGGAGGAAGGACAAGAAAGCCAACCUAAGCUUAGAAAGAAACCCAAAAAGAAGUCCAGAUCCAUCUUAGGCGUAGAGCGCUUCUCUAUGCUUUUCAAGGCUUCCCGCAGCCCGAGCAUGUGCCGCCGUGCCCAGAGCAUGGGCUACCAUGGGGAUUAUACCAAAGACUUUCAAAGAACUGGGUCCCAGCUCAAACACUCCAGGUCCCUGUCCAGACAAGUUCACCCUCUGCAUGCGUCCCCAUCUGCACUGGAUCCUCUUUCCCCCCAGAAGCAUGUGUGCGUCCGCAGGAGGCCAAUCUUGAGCUGUGACGACGGCGAUGUGGCGGAGGUGCCUACCCUGGUCAAAGUGGUGGUGUUUGGAGGUGACAAAGAGGCUGGCAGGCUGGCCAGGGCGUACAGCGACCUGCAGCAGAAAGAGAGUAAAUUCCCCCGACUCACCAAGAUGUGCAAACUGCAGUUUUACUUUGUUCCCACCAAAAGGAGAACUCUAGGAAGCCCAGGAGGUGGAUACACACUGACCGAAGGGCAGAUAGGAAGUUCAAGUAAAGGUGCUGCGUCUGUGGAGUCUAAUGGCAGUGUACUGGAGGACAGUACAACUGAUAUAGCCCAGAUGUUGGGCAUGAUUGACCCCUGGUACGAGCGGAAUGUCCUCAGUCUGCUCAGCCUGUCCUCUGAUGUCCUCUGUCAGACGGCCAGUAAGGAAGGCCACGUGUCAGUCAGCAGUGGCAGCAUGGAGAGUCUUCCCCUGCUGGCAGACUUGGUGCUUUAUUACUGUAGACAUGCAGACCAGCCUGUUCUGGUGCAGCUCUACCAGGCUGAGCUGACCCUGGCUGGAGGAGACAGAAGAAGGGAAGUGUUUAUUCACUCUCUGGAGCUCGGGCACACUGCUGGAACCAGAGCCGUUAAGGCCAUGGGUGCUGCCAGCAAAAGGUUUGGAAUUGAUGAAGAACGGGAAGCUGUCCCUUUAACACUAAGUGUUUCCUACAACAAGGUAGCUAUCAGUGGGAGGAGUCAGUGGACCCAGACUGAGAUGGUUUGCACAUCGAUAAAUCUUCACAAAGACUGCAGAAACCCUGAGCAGCUAGAUUCAAGAAUGGAAAGUCUGAAGCUGACAAUGACAGAGGUCCUGAAGAGACAAUGCUCCAAGUCUAAAAAGGGCUACAACCAGCACAUCUCCAUAUCAGAGAUGAAGGUGGACAAGGUGCAGGUGAACAGUGGUGAAGACGGGACAACAUUUGCUGUGUGUCUGGAUCAGGAUGAGAAGAAGUUCAUCCAAAGUGUCACCAGGUGUGAGGUGUCUCUGUGCUGUAAACCAGGAAGUAGUUCAGACUGGAGGUCCUACAAGCCGUUGCCCGGCCAAGUCCGGCCUCUGCACCCGUCCUACUGCUCUCUGCUCUGCCUUCCCAUCACCUCUUUCUCUGCCUCAUAUCUCUAACAUACUGAGUCCACUGAGGUGAUAUAUAACUUUAAAAAGUUGUAAGCAGGAGAAGUUUGCAUUCAUUCCUUUCUGGCAGAAAGGCUUUCUGCCUUUCUAUUUUCCUAAACCUAACCAAGUAGUCUUGGUGCUGAAACUUAACCAAGUAGUAAUGCUCUAGCAGAAAGGCUAUCUGACAGAAUUCCCUGAGGGCAAACUUCUCCCAAUUGCACUAAGGUUGCGUAGAAAUAAUAAGAUAGGAAUUUAUUGACCCACAUUUAUUUCAGGUUUGUCCUGUAGCUGAUGUCAAGGUGUGUCACAUGGUUGUUGUUCAAAGGAUUAUGUUUUUCUGGCUGAAAGAUAAAGCUUUAGGAAGGUUUUAAAAAAGAUUAAAACUUGUCGGUGAGCUCUUGAAUACAUUUAGGAGAAAAUGAGUUUUACCAGUGAACUUUUGCUGAAAUCUGCAAAAGAUGUGCAUUCAUUGAUGUUGGAGAAUUUUACAGGGUCUCCCCAUCUCAGCAGGGCUUUGAUACUCGUCUGUUAUGUUAAAUAUCUGCUGUCAGUAGCAUAAAACUGAUUACUUGAUUACUUUUGUGUACUUUCUGUUGGUACAUGAUAGAAUAAACCCCCUUUUAGAAAUGUGUAAAUAAGCUAUUUAUUUUGAAGUGACAGUGCUGAAAACAUGUUGUUCAGAAUAUUUUUCAAAAUAUACAUUUCAUUUUGUUACUCUU